AGAGCCUUCCUGAUGUAUAUAUGCAGGUAGUGAGAAUUGAAUCGGCCCUUUGAGACAGUAAUAUAAUAAAACUCUGAUUUGGGGAGCAGCGGUUCUCCUUAUUUUUCUACUCUCUUGUGGGAAUGAGUUGCCAAGCUUUUACUUCGGCUGAUACCUUUAUACCUCUGAAUUCUGACGCCUCUGCAACUCUGCCUCUGAUAAUGCAUCACAGUGCUGCCGAGUGUCUACCAGUCUCCAACCAUGCCACCAAUGUGAUGUCUACAGUCCCAUCUAUUUUGUCUUUGAUCCAAACUCCUAAAUGUUUGUGCACACAUUUCUCGGUGACAACGUUGGGAAACACAGCAACAGGACUUCAUUAUUCUGUUCCUUCCUGUCAUUAUGGAAACCAGCCAUCAACCUAUGGAGUGAUGGCAGGUAGUUUAACCCCUUGUCUUUAUAAAUUUCCUGACCACACCUUGAGUCAUGGAUUUCCUCCUAUACACCAGCCUCUCCUGGCGGAGGACCCCACAGCUGCUGAUUUCAAGCAGGAACUCAGGCGGAAAAGUAAAUUGGUGGAAGAGCCAGUAGACAUGGAUUCUCCAGAAAUCAGAGAACUUGAAAAGUUUGCCAAUGAAUUUAAAGUGAGAAGAAUUAAGUUAGGGUACACCCAGACAAAUGUUGGGGAGGCUCUGGCAGCUGUGCAUGGCUCUGAAUUCAGUCAAACAACAAUCUGCCGAUUUGAAAAUCUGCAGCUCAGCUUUAAAAAUGCAUGCAAACUGAAAGCAAUAUUAUCCAAAUGGCUGGAGGAAGCUGAGCAAGUAGGAGCUUUGUACAAUGAAAAAGUGGGAGCAAAUGAAAGGAAAAGAAAACGAAGAACAACUAUAAGCAUUGCUGCUAAAGAUGCUCUGGAGAGACACUUUGGAGAACAGAAUAAACCUUCUUCUCAAGAGAUCAUGAGGAUGGCUGAAGAACUGAAUCUGGAGAAAGAAGUAGUAAGAGUUUGGUUUUGCAACCGGAGGCAGAGAGAAAAACGGGUGAAAACAAGUCUGAAUCAGAGUUUAUUUUCUAUUUCUAAGGAACAUCUUGAGUGCAGAUAAGAUUUUUCUAUUGUAUAAUAGCUUUUUUUUCCCUGUUUCAUUCCUUUCUCUUCCUCAACAAAAACAGAAAUUACUUGGUUGACUUAAAAUCAUUUUAUAUCAAUAGCUUUUACAGCUUUACUUUUCCACUUUUUUAAAAAAAAAGAAACCAACAAUUUAAAUUAUAUUGAUGUUAUUUACUUAAAAUAAUUAUUCUCAGAAGCCACAUUAUCCAUUUUAAGCCAAAUAUAUUAACAGUAAUAAAAUGAUCUCUCUGUCUCUCCCGCUCUCUUUCUCACACACACGCAGACAUAUGAGUAUGGGUUUAUAAGUUCCUUUUCCAAACAUGUUUAUUAGCUUUUUAACAUGUAAGUCAGUAAUGACACAUAUGUAAAGCACAUCACCAGAAAUAUCCAAUUCAAAAAUUAACCAAUGUUCUGCUUUCUACCAACUCUACUAGUUUGUCUGAACUAAAAGUUUUGAACUUAGAGCUGGAGGUGUCUUAUAGUUUUAUUACUCCCUUUAGGAAUAAACCUCAAUCAGAAUUGAUACUUUGAAGCUAAAAUUUAGGGCAUAGCUGAUAGAACUGUUUCAAAAGAGAUGUGUAGAAACAUUAAUUUUUGAUCUUUUUAUUCUUCCUAAAUAUUAGCUUUUUGAUGUGUAGCUGUAGAAAAUAAUGCUUUAUGGAUUCUUGAGCCUCAAACCAUUAGUCUGUAAGCUGCAACAGGACAGGAAGAGAUCUGGCUUGUUUGGUGUUCCCUCUCCAGGGCUUGGGAAAUUUCUUGCUCAUAUUAGGCAUGCAAUCUUUGUUAAAUGAAGGAGUGUUUAAGGUUAACAAUGGCUACAAAUGUGAAUGGUGUCACUUAAUUUUAAAUUAUAAUGUUUUUGAAAUCUCACAAUCUAGAAAAUCAUCCAGGUUUCUAUAACAAGACAUGGUCACUUUUGAUAUAAUCAAUUAGAAUCUGAUUCACUAUUUGAAAAAGUUUGACAUAUUGAGAUUUUAAUUCUGAGAAUUUUAUCGACAAGAACAUAUUUAUUUAAAUUAUAAGAAUGCAUUUCCUUGAAACAUGCUAGUAGAAGCAAACUGUAAUGUGAUAUUAACUUAGAAUAGUGACUGUUUUGCAUUUGGAAUGUAAAUCUGCUGGCUAUGUUUAUCUAACUUAUUUUAUAUAACAAAAGUGGUAACAAUUAGACCAAAUUUUAUUGUUGAAUUAGAAUGCUUACUAAAUAAAUUAUACUGUCCAGUCUCUUUUUAUGAUACUAUUAAAGACCUAGCAUUUUUACAGGUCAUAAUCUACAUAGAUCAUAUAUGUAUGUUCAUACAUAAUCACCAUCAAUUAGAUGGGUAAAAUUUGAUAUAUUACUAACAAAGAUAGACAUUUAACUAACAAAACAGCUUUCAGUGGCCUAAUCAUCCAUGCUUAAGCACACAUUUAGCAUCCAAAAGAUAUUAAAUACAACAUUCUUAUUUAAGAGUAAAUUCCAAAUUAUUCAGCCACACAGGUAUUCAAGCUCCUUCUCUGGAUAACUCAGUAUUUCUUCGCCUACUUAAAACACGUUAACUGGGGAAGGGAUUCUUUAGUUUGCUAAAAGCCAGAUCAUGCAUACAUAAAUGUAUACGUAUAUAUGCAAAAAUGUAUAUAUGCACUUUGAAACUUGCAAAUAGAAACAAAAUGUCAUGCAAUAUAAAUCUAGAUUAGUGAUUGUUUUGCAUUUUAAAUGAUUCCUCUAGUAAUGUUUACUCUUACUUCAUGUAACAAAAAUAAGCAUGUAUAUAUGCUUAAAUCAUAAGUAGUAUUAUCAAACAUCCAUCCAUAAGGUCAUUAUUUUCAAGUUUAGACACUACCAGUAUUGGGAACCAUGUAUUUUCCCUAAAAGAAAUUAUUUUGAGUUAAUACUAAUGAAAUAGCAAAUUAUUAUUAUUAUUAGUGAGACAGAAUCUUGCUCUGUCACCCAGGCUGGAGUACAGUGGCACGAUUAUUGUUCACUGCAGCCUCAAUCUCUUGGGCUCUCCACCUCAGUCUCCUGAGUAGCUGGGACUACAGGUGCCACGCCACCAUGCCUGGCUAUGUUCAAAAUUUUUGUAGAGACAGGGUCUCCCUGUGUUGCCCAGCCUGAUCUUGAACUCCUAGACCUAAGCGACCCUCCCUCCUCAGCCUCCCAAAGUGCUGGAAUUACAGACAUGAACCACUGUGCCCAGUGAAAUAGCAAUUAUUUGCUAACUGAUAUGGUUUGGCUGUGUCCCCACCCAAACCUCAUCUUGAAUUGUAGUUCCCAUAAUCCCCACGUGUGGUGGGAGGGACCAGAUGAAGAUUAGGGGGGCUGUUUCCUGCAUGCUGUUCUUACAAUAGUUGGUUCUCAUGAGAUCUGAUGGUCUUAUAAGGGGCUUUCCCCUUAGCUGGGCUCUCAUUCUCUCUCCUGCCGCCCUGCAAAGAGGUACCUUCCACCAUGAUUGUAAGUUUCCUGAGGCCUCCCCGGCCAGUAAAUACCAGUAACUCAUUUGUAUUAAUGUUUUGUAUUAUACAAAACUCAUUUAUAUUGAGACUACUUUCUAACUACAUUAAAAUAAUACUUUAUUUUGAUUAAUCUUCAAAACAAUAGAAAAUGGUUAAUGCCAUUUAGAAUCCUAAACCUCAAUUAAACAAAUGACAUACAAUUCACUGUGUAGACUGAUAUGUUCAUACUUUGGGGAAUAAAUGACAAAGGCUGACUGUAGCCAUAGUCUUUCCCUCUUACAUAUUUGUGAACUCUUUAAGUCUUCAGGAAUUCAGUAGAUUUGUCCAUUAAAAUGGAAGAAAGAUGUUUGUCAUUUCUACUAGUUUGGUAUUCAACUUUACCUAGUAAAGGUGGCUGAUAAACUCAUUCAUACAAUUUACCUUUCCAUCUCUAAAGGUGGAAAGGAUUUGUGUAGUCAGAGAAAUAUUUUCAGUGUUUGGGGAUGGCAGGCAGGGGGGCGGUGUGUAUUUUCAAGCUGUUGGGGGAAUGUGGUGUUCCAACAGUAGGACACCUGAAAUCAGGCUUCACAAUCUUCAGGCUUCCUCUAAGGCAACAUCAAUCCAAUUGACUACUAAAACAACUAAGCUUAGAAUGGUUUCGAAUCCUCAGCUUCUACAGAGAGGAAACUGGAAAGUUGAUCUGUGUUUCUGAAGUUGCCAAAACCUUUUCAUGCACAGUAACGGCAUCAAAGGGACAAGUCAUCACAGGUCUCUUUUGAGACCAGGAAAACCUGGUCUGUUUUAACACGUUAAAACGUCUGUUUUAACACGUUAAAACGUCUGUUUUAACAGAGGAGUGUCUAAAAUAAGAGUACAUAUUUCAAUUAGGCCCACAGAGAUCAGGUGAGAAGUACGGCAACUAGGAUGGUAGGAAAUGCACAUUUUGGCGGAAAAGAGAGUACCAGGUUUUCUCUAAAGGCAUUCAAAUGCAAAAAGUAAAAGAUAUAUCACUGUGCAAGUCAAACAACAUAAAGCCCAUAGGCUGACAGCUUCCUCUCUCUGGUCCAUAGGGUCACAAUCUUGAGCCCCUUUCCAUUAGCUCUUGCGAUAACCAGAUACUCCCCUCAGAGCACACAGUACAGUGUGUGCAACAUAAUCAUCUGACAGAUGGUCAUUUUAUGUUUUCUAAGAACAGGUGUUAUCAUUAGUAUUGACAUUUUCGUAUCACAUUCUACUUCUCUGGUACUCCGAAAUUUCCCCCAUAAAUAACUUUUUCAUUUGGUAACAAAAUGUGGCUUUGGGCUGCAUCCUUUUCAGUCAUAGAGAUACUCUUCUAUUCUUUCUAUGGCAACCUCUUGUUUGAUUACAGCAACCUCUUGUUUGAUUACAAUUGUUAUAUAUUUAUUUUUGUGCCUAAAGAAGUUAGAAAAAACAGGUUAAAAAAACCCAGUGUUUUCAUUAAGCUCAAUCUAUAAGAACCCUUAUUUCUUAUUCUUUAAGGGCUCAAAAGUAACUGUUUUCUUUUUAGCAAAGGAUAGAAUAACAUUACAAAUUCACAGUGACAGUGAUUGUGAAAACUACCACCAGAACACUUUAUAAAUGUAGCCAAAUCAGAAUGAUCUGUCUGUCUUUUAUGUCCAAAUUCUUUUGUGGUAUCCAUGUUUGACUGAAAUGAAAUAAGUCACUGGGACUUAUACAUUCAAAAAUAAAACUUAAAAAUGUUUAAUCCCUGAGAAUACUGGGAACAAAUUAAUGUGAAACCACCAAUUCUUAGGCUUAUUACAUUCACAAACAUUAGUCUAAUACAAAUUAUUUCUUAAGAAGAUAGUUUUUUUUAAUGUUAAGUAGCAGAGUUUAUCUAAUUGUACUUCUAGGAAAAUAAUAAAGAUCAUUCUUUUGAAAAAUUACCAAAUAUGCAUAAAAUUUUUAAUUUUAGCAGGAACCAAAAAGAGCAAAAAAGGUAAGAAAAGAACAACAAUAAUAAAUCUUUAUUGAGAUUUUUUAACAAAAUAAUUUUUAAAAACAAAAGCUCCCACAUGUAAACAAGAACGUAAAUAAGUUAGAUGGCAUUAUUAUGUACAUCCAAGAAUCAAAACAUGUUCUGGUAAACAUUCCAUAAUCCGGUAAAAUGUUUUGACCCAUCACUGUUAAGAGAAACUGUGUAUUUAAUACUAUCAAUAACGAAACCUAAUCUUUGAACAUUAUAAAAUGGUUUACGGAAUAUAAACUAUACAGUUUAGUUUUUCGUUCCUCCUAGCAAUCCGUGUCACAUGUAUACUAGUCCUAAGAUGUAUUUUGUCA